UAUUCUUGGAAACGCUCUGGCAAGAUGGUAUCGUGAAGUCCACAACAUGGCCCGUCUUAGCGACUUUGUGGACCGGGGCCUAUCUUCUGGCGCGAGCCCACCGAAAGCCGUUGUGUGGCGCGCGCAUUUCCCCUUCGAACGAACGAUAACGACACACCCCAAACCCACCUUUUGUUUUCUUCCUCAAUCUUCCAUAACAACUCCACUCUCCGCUCCAGCCACACCACAAUGAAACCGUGCACGACUACGACACCGCCGUUUUAGCACCAGCCAUGACCAUGACCGACUCCACCUCCGCCGCUCCUCUCCGAUGGAACUUCUCUCAAGUACUCGGCCAACGACUUCCCGACGAGCCUCUCCAAAACGACGACGUCGUAACCACCGUCGCGUUCGAGAAGCGCGGCGAUUACCUCGCCGUUGGCGAUCGAGGUGGACGCGUUGUGAUAUUCGAACGAGACGAUAGGAAAAAGAAUGCGUCGAAUAAUCGAAGAGAUUUGGAGAAGCAGGAUUUCGCGACUACGCGGCAUCCCGAAUUUCGUUACAAGACGGAAUUUCAGAGCCACGAGCCAGAGUUUGAUUACCUAAAGAGUGUGGAAAUUGAAGAGAAGAUUAACAAAGUAAGGUGGUGGAUGACCCACAACGGUUUGCUAUUUAUUCUUUCAACCAACGACAAAACAAUUAAACUGUGGAAGGUUAAAGAACACAAGGUGAAACAAGUUAAAGAAAUUAGCCCUCCUUUGUGCUCAGAAAAUAUGCUUUUGGCUGAUAGGAGUUUCAUACCGGGGCUGGAAACCAAGUCUGCUGCUAGUGGCUAUCGUUUGGAAUGGAUAGAGAAAACGCCUCAAAAAUUUUUGCAGUCUCAAGAUAUUGAUGGCGAGAUUGGUGGAAUGGAAGACCCUUUUCGCGCAAAGUGCCAAAAGGUUUAUGCUUGUGCUCACAGUUUCAAUAUUAACUCCAUCUCAAAUAAUAGUGAUUAUGAGACCCUUCUCUCGGCAGACGACCUUAGAAUCAAUUUGUGGAAUCUUGAGGUCAGUGAUCAGUGUUUCAAUAUUAUUGACAUGAAGCCACCAAACAUGGAGGAUCUUACCGAGGUUAUAACAUCGGCUGAAUUCCAUCCUUUACAUUGUAACCUCCUGGCAUAUAGCAGCUCACAAGGUUUUAUUCGCCUAUCUGAUUUGCGGCACGCAGCAAUAUGUGACCAUGCUUCUAGGAUAUUUCAACAUGGAGAGUGUUAUGGAUCAAAGUCUUUUUUUACGGAAAUCACUUCAUCCAUCUCAGACAUAAAGUUUUUAAAUGAUGGCCAUCAUCUUAUAAGUCGCAAUUACAUGAAUAUGAAGCUUUGGGACAUGCGUAUGGAAUCAUCUCCGGUCGCAAUUUUCAAAAUCCACGAGCAUUUGCGUCCUAAGUUGCCAGAGUUAUAUAAUAAUGACUGCAUAUUUGAUAAAUUUGAGUGCUGCUUUAGUGGUGAUGGACUCCAUUUUGCAACGGGUUCUUAUAGCAAUCUCUUGCAAAUAUUCUCCCCAGGUUCUGGAAAGGAGGAAAGGGUCAAACUAGAAAUUAGAGGAAAUUCUGACAGGAAGACUAUUCACCAAGCUACGUCAAGGGUUAGAAGGCGUUCCCUUAGCAACCUAAUACCUCGCGGAAUUUAUCAGCAUGUAGAACAUAGGGGAAAAGGUGGCGUCAUGACUCAUCAGUGGAUGGUGGACAAUAGCACUCCGGCAGCGUUGCACCGGCGAUCUAUGGUUUGGGUCUUUGGGAGAAGAAGAGACAGUAGGAUACAAUAGAGAGGGCACACGUUAGUAAUAUGAUUCUUCAACUGAUCGAUCUAAAGGACAAAAACAAAACGUAUGGAAGAUCACUUAUUCUACUGGAUUUCAAAAAUUAAAUUAUUUUAAUAAUUAAUUAUUAUAAUUAAAGUUUAAUUGUAUUUUUAUUCUCUUACGGUGUUAAGUUUGUAAUUUG